UGACGACUUGAUCAUUUCCAGACGGAAACAGCUGAUUAAAAGUCAAGCUAGAUGUGCUGUGUGCUGACGAUAAAUAAACAAACAAGUAUUUUUGGGGCGGUUGGGGACGCUCUUACGGGUUAAUAGCCAGUCACUCAGCCUGUUGCAAGUGCAGAAGGAUCAACUGCGCUCAUGACGGCCGAUUUAGAGAACACUUUUCCAGUAAUGCAGACCUGAGACACCGCGGUGAGAAAUAAUUGGCCUCUUUGGAGGAGGUGGAAUUUGUGGCAAAUAAAACCGGGAUUUACCUGCAAUCUCAAAAACUGAUAAACACGCUUGUCAUGUGAUUGAGUAGUUGAUGGGACUUUGGAGUUGCAAUGCUUUCUGCCCACACAUCUGAAAGUGGGCCUGACCCUAGAGAAGUUAAACAGUGGAUAAAGACGAAGUUAGCGGUUUCCCUCAAGGCACUGCAAAAGCAGUUUGUGACCACGGACGCUGUUGUAACCAGCGAUGACAGCGAUGCGAACAUCCUUUGCUGUUCCCUGGAAGCUGUAUUUAUCCACGGGAUAAAAAAUAAAUAUGUAAAAACCGAAACUGGAGGAAAGGGAAAGAAAUUGGGGACGCGAGGACCUCUACCACAGCCUGUGUUCUGGUCACUCUUAAAAACCAUCACUCACAGAGAUGUGGUCACAGAGCUGGAACAUCUGAACUUUAUCAACACAGAUAUCGGUCGCUGUCGGGCCUGGAUCAGGUUAGCAUUAAAUGACGGUCUAAUGGAGUGCUAUCUCAUAACGCUGCUUCGGGAGAGAUCCAAACUCUCUGGAUACUACCAGCCGGCUGCACUCCUACUGGACACUGAAGAGCGGGAAGUUCUGCUCAGUUACCUGCAAGGCUUAACUUCCCUUUCCUUCCAACUAUCUUACAAAUCAGCUGUACUGAAUAACUGGACAGUCACUCCCUUAGUUCUUGCAGGCCUUUGCCCCCGUUCCGAUUCAUUUGACCUUCCAGCAUCCGAUUCCAAAUUAAAUGAAUCCUGGGAUUCUGUUUCCCAGUCCUUUGGUUCAGAUAUCAUUGAAGUUCAUCAUAACUCCGGAUCGGCACAAAGUAAGAACGUGGGGAAAAGUAAACUCACCUCUUCCACCCUGAGCCUUGAUACCACUGGUUCAUCACAGCUUUCUUCCAGCCUUAGCUCUGACAGCCUCCUGCAAGUCAAUGGGACCAAAAGCCCAGAUAAAUCCUCAGAUGAGCCCUGGUCGUGUGACUCUGACAUGGGUAUUAUGAGUGCAGAAGACUCUAGCAAAUCUAUGCCAGGGGUAAUGAAUGAUUUUAGUGAAAGUGCCCAGUCAAGUCAAGAUUCAGAGAAAGAGGACUUAUUCCUAUCAAACCAAGAACAAGAGCUUCCAUCCGAGUCUGCAGAAGCAUGUGGUGAUGAGACAUGUGGCCAGUCAACUGCUCCUAUUGAAGCUAACAUAGGAAAUGCUUCUACUCCGGUGACUUUGCAACCAGAUUUUGAAAGUGUCAGGGAUCUACCACAUGAUGCUGAGAAACCAAUCCUAGCUCCUGAACUGCCUGAUCAUACUCCUCAGCUGUCUGUGCAACUAAUGAAGGAAACAUCAGACAUUUCAGAGCCAGCUCUUGUAGAUGAAAAACAUGAAAUCUGCAAGACUGAAAAGAGAUGUCAGGAAACAGGUCAAAAUAUAGAAUGCUGUUUUGAAGGAUCAUUGCAUUCUCCUACAACAGGUCUUCCAAAAAGCCGAAGCUGGAUAUCGGAGGAUGAUAUUUACAAACCGUACCAAGAUGACAAGCCCAAAGAAGAGCAUGAGCAAGUGCAGUCAGACAGCACGACCACUAGGAAUGGAAUGGACUUUGCUGGCUUAGAAUUCCCCCAUAUAACAAGGCCCAGCUCCGAUGGGAAACUACCACUGAAUCAAGAGUUCAAAGUUGUUCAUCGCAGACAAAUCGGACUCUCCAACCCAUUCCGCGGGCUUCUCAAGCUGGGGAAUCUGGAGAGGCGAGGAGCCAUGGGCAUCUGGAAAGAGUACCGAUGUGAGCUGUCCCCGUACGAGUUCCGUCUGUACCUGAACGAUGAGGAGCGCACGUGUUCGGAAAACUGCUCCCUCCUCCGGUGUGAGUCAGUGGGGACGGCCAGCAGUGACGGAAGAUUUGAGCUCCUCUUUUCUGGGAAGAAACUGUACCUGCGAGCCCCUUCACAAGAUGAGGCUGAAGACUGGCUAGACCGGCUGCAAGAGGCCCUCCACAAGUGCCGGCCCCCGCAGCAGGAUGACCACUGGGAAAUAUUACAGCCCACCACUUCCAGCAACAUCAUCAGUGAAGAGCCUUCUUUUGGUCAGCCCAAUGAGGCUGUGGAAGACAACAAGCCGAUCGUUUUGGACUGGGUUCGGCACACAGAACCGGAGCAGGAUGCUAUUAAAGAGUCGGUCCUGUACGUCUUCACUGAUAACAAAAGCUGGGAACCGUACGUUUUUUCUCUGUCCUUGGAGGCUCUGAAAUGCUUUAGGAUCAGUGACCAGCAAAAGAUUCUGCACAAUAGCUCCAAGAUCGAGGCAAUCCGAGACAUUGUCCCUGAUACUUCCCUCGGGGGACCAGCUUUCUUUAAGAUCUUGACCUCCAAGACCACCUUAAAGCUGCAGGCUGAAAAUGCCAAUGAGGCAAAGUCAUGGAGAGUGGUUAUACGAGGGGCGUUAACGUCUUACCUGGAGACCUCUGAGGACCCCCAGACCGGAGUUGGAGGAGACGGGAACAUUCACAGACUCAUUCAGUACAGUAUAAAAGGCAGUAGUGCUUUACUACCCUACUUGACCACUGUCCCUACAGAGAAAGGACUGGAUACACAGAAUUUCAAAUGUGCAGGUUGCCCCAGGCAAAUUGGCUUUUCUUUUGGAAAACCAAAGCUGUGUGAAUUUUCUGGACAAUAUUAUUGUGAAACUUGUCACCGGGAUGAUAAUACAGUCAUACCUUCAAGGAUUAUUCACAACUGGGACCUGACGAAAAGACUAGUUUCCAGACAAGCUAUGAAGUUACUCAGUCAGAUUGAAUCAGAACCCUUGAUUAACAUGGAGUCUGUCAAUGCAAGUUUAUAUGAUCACGCAGAACAGUUGUCAGACAUCUACAAAAGCCGACAGAAGAUUAAAUUGCUGGGUGAUUACCUAAUUACAUGUCGAAGUGGUGCUAUUAAAACGAUGCAUACAAAACUUGAGAAGAGGAACUACCUUUUGGAGUCUGCCCAUUUGUAUGGUGUUGCAGAUCUUCGUCAGGUAGCAGAAGGGCAGUAUGAAGCAUUUCUCAAGUCUCUGAUCCAGUUUGCUUCCAGCCACGUUUACCAAUGUGACCUUUGCACAAUGAGGGGCUUUAUCUGUCAGAUCUGUAACGGCAAUGACAUCCUCUUCCCCUUUGAGUUUGAAACAACCACCAGAUGUAAAGAGUGCAAGGCUGUCUUUCACCCCUCCUGCAAAGCACAGUCCAAAUCCUGCCCUUGCUGUUUGCGACGGCAGAGAUAUCUGGAAAGAGAGCUGCAGGACUAGAUCACACCACACCAUCAGAAACAGCACUGUACUUUUUUUUAAAGUAAUGUAAAAGCACUGAAUGAAUGAGAAUUCCCAUAUGUAAUACAACCCUUACAUAUAUAAAACAGUGAACACUUACUACAAAUGAGUGUCUAUAACAGUCCGCUUACAGGUAACAUUAGAAACAAAUGCCACAUGUGGCUUUACAAAAGUCAGAACACAGCCGAUCUGUAGUAGUGUGGAUUUUUUAUUUUUUACCCAACGUGGAUGUCGAGGCUUGCAAAUCAAAGGUUGUCUCUUUGUUUAGACCUUUGAAUUGAGAUACCUAGUUUUAAUGCUUGUGAUACAGUGGAAGAUUGCCUCUACAUAUUUGCAAAAUUGAGGCGGGCAGCUGAGAUCACAGCUUCAGAGACAAAGGCAGUUGAGGAAGAGAGAUAAAGGGUUUCCUGUCGCUGCAAUUUCACAUAUAGUCUUUUAUAAGCACCAGUUUUAUAUGAUUUAAAAAAAAUAAAUAAAUAAAUCUGUGAUUUAAUUUGUAGUUUAUUUUCUUUUGAUGAGAGUGCCAUUUUCUCAUGGUUGUAUCUUUUUUAAAAUUUUGCUUGGUAAGUGUGGCAGUGGCUAUCAUUAGCUUGAUUGUAUCAUAUAAAAUGUGAUCACAUUUUAAUCUAUGCACUUAAUUUAUGAGGGAGAUAUAUUAAAGUAAUAACAUCUUGUUAUCUGUAAAUUUAAUGAAUGCAGACUUUGACAAUUAUUUUAUAUAUUACAAAGAUAUCAAGUGGUGUAGAUUUGUGGAUAAUAAACAUGCAUGCUAGUACAGUUCUGAGGUAGAGUUUGCGGUGUCUUUUGUUUUAAUAGUAACUGAAAAGAUAUACUCCAUGUUCAGAUACAAUUCUAUUACAUUUAAUUUUUUUUUUCACUAAUAUUUAUUUCAGGUAGGCCAUGUAUGAAGGGAAUAUAUACUGUCAAGGAAAUAGUUCAAUAAUGUUCAUGGGUGGGGAAAAAAUAACCCUUUUAGAAGGGUUCUCCUAUUCACACAUAUAUGCAGAGAUGUUGAAUUUACUUUGGGUAGACAAGAAAUUGUGCCUUUUGACAUUCUUGUCUUUUUCUAUAUAUUUUAUAUAUUGUAUUAAUAUUCAGCAUGUAAUAUUAAUGUAAUUUCCACUGUCCAAUGUGCCAACAAGAGAGUAAUUAUAUGUGCAAAUUCUAAUAAGUUUAUUUGUUGUAAUUUAAAUCAAUUGUAAAUAUCAUUGGCUUGUAAUAAUGUAAAAGAAAAUGAAGUAUAAUUUUACCCUAGAACCAUGCAAACCAGUUGAGAUCCAGGUUCUGUUUUGUCUACUAAUUGUUUGCUACAGGCUGAUUAUAACUUCGGUGUUAUGUUUGAGGAAUAAAGUAAAUGUCUAAAGAGUUAAAGUGAAACUCUGGUGUUUUGGUAGCAUGUUGUCAAAUUUGUAUUUCUUUGUUUGUUACAACACAUCUAAAAUUUGAUAAGUCUGCAGUAGUGUUUUUCAUUUACCAAUACUGGACUCCAGAUCUUGUGAAAUUAUAAAUCAAUAGAUUUCACAGUACACAAGAUAAUUUACCAUUAGGGCACAGCACUUUUUAAAACGCCCCCUUUCUUUUAAUUUACGAUCUCUGUUGCAUAGGGAACAAACAAUGAAAGCAAUGGCAGUGUUUUUACUGCUGCUCUAUUGGUAAGCUAUCAGGUGUGCUGUGAAAUUUAAUGAAUCGGUCACUAUUUUGGUGGCACUAAGUUUAAACAUCAUUUCUCUUGAAACAAACUAUGCAGAAUUUACUGUAAUUUCCUAAUUAUUUUUUACUAGGUAUACAUCCUUUAAUGAGUAUACCCACUACUGUUCCAUGUAGUUCAAUUGAAAUUGCCAAUCUUGAUAUUUGGACUGCAUUCUUGCAUUGUUUUGAGCAGACUAAGAAACUGGUUACUGGUAAUUCUGAUUGUAACAAAUAGGUGGCAGUACAUUAUUCUAUCUGACAGCAAGAUGCAAAAACAUUUUUUCAAUCUAUGCACAAUAUUCUCACCAUGUUGAGAGCGCAGCACUGUACUGUGUUCGUGUUGUUUGUUCAUUUUAGGUUUUUAAGAGUGUUCUAUAAAUAAACUUUGUAAUUUUGUUUGAUCUGA